AUGAGCCUUUGCGGCAGGAAGGCGCUGACACUGCUCAGCAGCGUGUUUGCUGUAUGCAGCCUGGGACUCCUGGGCAUUGCUGUCAGCACUGACUAUUGGCUCUACCUGGAGGAGGGUGUCAUUCUCCCCCUGAACCAGAGCACGGAGAUGCGCAUGUCCCUCCACUCCGGCCUCUGGAGGGUGUGCUUCCUCGCCGACUCAACCCCGCCAGAGCGAGUCUUGCCCACCGGCAAACCAGGGGAGGAGAAAGGACGCUGUUUCACCAUCGAGUACGUCAUGCCCAUGAACAUCCAGAUGACCUCCGAGUCUACAGUCAGUGUGCUGAAGAUGAUUCGCUCAGCUACUCCGUUUCCAUUGGUCAGUCUCUUCUUCAUGUUCAUCGGUUUUGUCCUGAACAACAUUGGCCACAUUCGUCCUCACCGCACAAUCCUGGCUUUCGUUUCUGGAAUCUUCUUCAUCUUGUCAGGUCUCUCUCUGGUGGUGGGCCUGGUCUUGUAUAUAUCCAGUAUUAAUGAUGAAAUGCUGAACAGAACUAAGACCAAUGAGGCUUAUUUCAGCUAUAAAUAUGGCUGGUCCUUUGCUUUUGCUGCUAUCUCCUUCCUGCUCACAGAGGCAGCUGGUGUGAUGUCUGUGUACCUGUUCAUGAAACGCUAUACGGCGGAGGAGAUGUAUCGGCCCCACCCCGGCUUCUACCGGCCACGCCUCAGCAACUGCUCCGACUACUCCGGUCAGUUUCUCCAUCCAGAUGCCUGGACCCGCGGCCGAAGCCCCUCUGACAUCUCCAGCGAAGCUUCUCUCCAGAUGAACUCCAACUAUCCGGCCCUCCUCAAGUGUCCCGAGUACGACCAGAUGUCCUCAUCCCCCUGUUGA